CGGGGCGGUGCGGUGCGGCCAUGGCGGCGGUGCGGCGGCGGGUUGCCGUGCUGUGCUUUGGCUCCGCUCGCUCUGCGUCGCGUUGAGUUGCAUCGUGCCGCGCUGCUCCGCAUCGCUCUGCGUCGCGUCGCUGUGCACUGCGUGUCGCCGUGCGGCUGCCGUGCCGAUGGCUGAGCACUGCAGCGCUGUGCCGGGGGAGCUGCCCGGCUGCGUCAUCUGCGUGUCGGACCCGUCGGAGCCGGACGUGGAGCCGAGCAGCUGCAGCGGCUCCGUCCUGUGCCGCGGCCCGGGGCUGGUGCUGUGCCCCGCCGCCGUGUUGGUGCCGUUCCUGCAGCCCGCCGUCCCCGCGUGGCCCCGUGGCGAUGCUCUGCCGCCCUCGGCAUUGCGGCCCGGUCUGCGCAUCGUGGUGCUGCGCGCCGCCCCGCCGCCCGACGCGGUGCAGCAGCACUCUGCUCACCCGCUGGCCGUGCUGCGCUGUGACGCCUUCGCCCGCGCGCUGCCCGGCACGGCCGAGGAUCGCAGCGAGGCGCUGCCCUGGUUCUGCUGGCUGCGCGUGCCCGGCCUGGACGCACCCGGCGGUACCUGGACGCCCUGGGCCCCCGCGGCCGCGCUGCAGAAGGGCGCAGCGCUGCUGGCCUGCGGGACGCCCUUCGGAGCGCUGUGCCCUGAGCUCUUCCUCAACGCUCUGAGCAGCGGCGUGCUGAGCAACGCCACCGGGCCGCGCCGUGCGCUGCUGCUCACCGAUGCGCGCUGCCUGCCCGGCACGCAGGGCGGGCCCGUCCUCGCCCUCACACCCGCAUCCUCCCCACCGCGCCUCGUGGCCGUCAUUGCUGCCACUGCCGGCUGCCAGGCCGGGCAGGGCUUGGGGCUGGCGCUGCUGUGCUCGCUGGAUGUCCUGCUGCACGGUGCCCGCAGCGUGCUGCACGAGCUGCGCAACCUGCCGCCACCACUGCCGCUGCCCCAGGCACACAACAGCACAGCAAUGAGCUGCACUGCGCUGGUGGAGAGCGGCGGCAGCUGGGGGUCGGGCACGCUGGUGGCCCCGCGCCUGCUGCUCACCUGCCGCCACGUGCUGCAAAUGGGCGCCCCGCUGCGAGUCACACUGCGGCACGGCACCACGCGUGACACCGUCCUGCAGGCCCGCCUGGUGUUCGCCACAGCUGAGGCGUCCCCCUUCGACGUGGCAGUGCUGGAGCUGCAGGGCAGCGUGCCCAGCUUCCAGCCCCCUGACCUUGCCACCACUUUCCAACCCGGGGAGCCGGUGCUGGCGCUGGGCUUUGGGGCGCUGGGCCGUGCGUGUGCCCCCUCAGUGACGGGGGGGGUGCUGUCGGCCGUGGUGGGAACCCCCCCAGUGAUGCUGCAGAGCACCUGUGCCGUGCACGCCGGUUCCAGUGGCGGCCCCCUGCUCUCUGCCCGCGAUGGAUGCCUGCUGGGCAUCGUGGCCAGCAACACGCGGGACAACGCUGCCGGGACCACCUACCCACACCUCAACUUCUGCAUCCCCGUCUCCCUGCUGCGCUCACCCCUCGCUCGCUAUGGCUGCAGUGGGGACCCUGCCGCCUUCGCCCCGCUCAAUGCUGCCAGCGAGGGGGCACGAGCGGCGUGGCGGCUGCAGCAGCGGCCCCCCAGCACUGGAGUGCUUCCAUAA